UACUAAUGUCAAUGUCAGUUUACGGAAAUACUUUAUUUUGAUAAUAUGGCUGAUGCAGCUUUAGCACGUCGUGAAGCUCGUAGAAGAAAAAUAUUGGAAAAUUCUCAUAAUAGACUCCAACAGAUAUCAGGGAAACCUAGCGAUGAUGCUUGCUUAGAAUCUCCAACAAAUUCGGAUAUACCAAUCUAUCGAGAUUUAGUUCCUUCGGAAUCCAAUAGUAAGCAAUCUAUUAGCAAUGGAACAAACACUACAUAUUCCGGAUGUUUCCUAUCUGAACCCGAAGAUUAUACAGGAGAUCAACAAGAAAUAAGUGAAUUGACAUGUUUGUUAACAUCUACGGCCGAACCUUCACAUAAAAAACAAUUUUUGGAAAAAGCUAUUACUAACAAGUAUGACAUUGUAUUAAUAUCUAUGUUUACCCAACUGUUGUAUGGUUUAUCCUUGGUAUCAUUUGAAAAUAUUUAUUUUUUCAUACCAAUACUAGUGUAUGUUAGUACUAAAAUGUAUAUUUAUCCUGUACAAAAGCAAUCCAACAUUGCCAAUGUGUUAAUGCUUCUGAGAGGUGUUUCAUCAGGUAUAAUUCGUCAAGCACUAACAGUAGGUCAAGUUACUAGAGAUAUUAUUGAGGAUUUAUGCAUUUUUCUUUUCACUACAAUAUGCAUUCAAUCAUUGUUUUGUUUUAUGCAGAACAGCUUUGUGACAUAGGCAGUUUAAAUUGCUAUAAAUAAUAUCUGGGUAAUGUUCUUAUCUUGAAAGGGUGAAGGUUCUGAAUUCUGAUGUAUGAUUUAUGCUUGUGCCUUUUAAUGUAAGUGAUAUAAAAUUACAUGUGCAUUUCGGUCACAUAUUGCCAUCAUAGUUUAAAUUUUGAUAAUUUUGUAUAUACAGAUAAAUAGAGAUAAUUUUAGUGCUAUAUUAGCUAAUGAUGCAAUGUACAAUCUUAUAAGCAUUAUUUUAAUGCUAUCCUCCCUCUUCCUUUUUUAGUACUAUUUGAAUAGAAUUUUAAUUGUUUUGAAAAUUUGUAACAAGAAACUAAAACAACUAACCUUUCCAUCUACUGCAUUUAUUGAAGAAUAACUAUAUAUUCUAAGGUUUGUUCCUUUGCAUUAUAAGAUAUAUGUUAUUCUGACAUUAGCAUUUUUUUAUUGUUUGGUUUGUUCCCUUGCAUUAUUUGUUCACUCUGCCACAUCGGACCAGGCAAUUCACACGUGUUGAAUCCAUGGAAUUGAACAAUGACACUGAGACUUGGAAUAGUAAACAAAUUGCACACCAGUAUUGGCAAGUGCUCCGACAGCUUAUGAAAGAGCACAAUCUCAAAAAAAUAUAUAUUUCUCAAUAUCAAUUCCAGUUAUUGAAAUGUGAGAGUGAGCACAAAUGAUAUUGCUAUGCUGAACAAUAGGGUACCAAGACUUCAUACUAUCUGUGGCUGUUUGUGUAAAUUUCAAUACAUAUUGAAAAAAAAAAAGAGGAAUUUAGUUGUAUUGAAUAUUAUUUUACAUGUAAUGUUUUAUUGGUGGAGUACUUUAUCUUUUUAAUAUGUAUUUAUUAAAAAAAAGCAUUUUUAUCAGAAUUCUUCAUCCCAUUUGUUAAUAUCCAUUGAAUUUUACUUACAUUAUAGAUGAUUUAUACAUUAUCAAUAAACCAAUGACAAAUGUUUAUAACCAUUGGCCAUGUAAGGAGUAAAACAACAAUAUUUAAUGAUAUUUAUUUAUUAAUGUUCACAAAAAGUUGUAAAACACUAGAUAUAUAUUUUUAUGUUAAUAGGUAUUUUCAGACCAAAGAAAAUGUCAGAACUUCUUAUAUACAUUUUUGUCACCAUUAAUAAUUUUAAAUGAAUGAAAUAACUAUGUAACAUAAAUAAAUUUAAUUUCUUAUAAGAAUAUAUAAAAUUUUGUAAUUAACUUUGGAAUAAAAAAGGGAUUCCAUGUUGAAUUCA